AGGGAUGGAAGAAGGGACACUCAUGGCCAGGGGCGGACUGACAACUCAUGGGGCCCCCGGGCAAUAGGGGGCCCCUGUGUCCUCACCCACACUCAAACCACACCCAAAAAAGCCUAUGAAAGGUACCAGGGACAUCUCAUGGGGCCCCCUACUGACCCCGGGCCCUCGGGCAGUGCCCGAGUUUUCAAAUGGUCAGUCCGCCCCUGCCAACACUUUAUACUUCUUAUGUGUUCCCAUUCACACAGCAUGCCUAAAAUAUUUCUUACCUUUUCAGGUCUUUCUUUUAACUACCCCAGACUCUACAGGCAGCUUGUAUUAUUCAAAAUAACUUGCUUAAUCACUUCA